CUCAUAUUUCAUGACAGUCUGUCUAUCUGUCUGUCUCUCAUCUUCCAAAAACCCUUAUAUAUUCUAGGCAACCCGCGCGCUUUCCUCUCCUCCCCUCUCCCACAAAACCCUAGUACUCAUUUUCAUUUUCUGGGCAGAACUUCUUUGAAAAGUUCUCAUUCGAUUUUCCAGAGAUAGCGGCUGCUGCUGCUGAAUCGCUGAUGAUGGCGGUGAUGAAGUCGUGGGACCCUGACGACUUUCUUCCUUGCUUUCAAUGCUUUUGCCUUUGACUCUUCCCAAAAAUCUAUUUUUCCCACCGACUAUUCGUUCUACUAAUUAUUCGAUUUUAUAACGUUCAAAGUCAGCCUUUUCGUCUCUCUCUCUCUCUCUGUAUUUUUUUUACGCUUUACGUUUGCGUGGCUUUUUUGGUUUCUGGGUUUUGUACUCGUGCUUGUUGGGGUGAUCAUUAUUUGUGGUUCGGAUUGUACUGAAUCUUUUUUUUUUUAAAUAAUUUUUAAAUUGCAAGUCGUUGGCAUUGGUCGUAGAAUGGUGGGAAUUGGGUCGCUUUCCUAGAGUUUACUUUUGACAUAAAUACACAUGCACAUAAGAAGUUUAUUUGGGAAAAAAUAAAAUAUGGUUGGUGACGGGGAAUUUAGGGGAAUUUGAACUAGACAGGGCUAGUUUUUCCAGAUAAUAGUAUUUAGGGUGUUUUUUGUUUUCUCAUGUCUAAUUAGGGUGCUUUUCUUUCUUAUCCUUUAUCGUUUAUCUUCUCCUAUUGGAGGGCUCUCUACAAAUCUUGAUCUCUGGUUCGUCAGUUCAAUAUUGAUAGGAGUUGGAAUGAGAAUUGGGUCGUAGUAAUUGGGAGUCAAUUGUGUCAUUUUUUUUUUCUCAAUUUCAUUCAUCUGGAAACCUUCGUUGCUGAAUAAUAUAUUUUUGACUGAAAGAGGGCUAACAUAUUUUUCGUGUUUGAGCUUUGUCGUUUUGAUGAUGACGAACAAUUUACAUUUAUUUUGAUUAUGUUUUCUUAUGAAAACAGAAAAGAAAAGAUUUUAUCUGGGUUGCCCUUUUCUUUCUUUUCCCUUUGGAAUUUAAGGCUUCUUAUUGGAUAGUUGAGGUUUCCUAGUUGGGUUAUUUCUGAUGGAUUUGAUGACGAGUGAGGAUGGUGGAGGUAUUAAGACACCAAAAAAGGUGGGCAAUAAUGAAUCGGGCAUGAAUUCUACGGUAAAGGCUACAGGAAGUGUUAGUAGCAAAGAUAUGAUGUUCAGAGCAGAUCAAAUUGAUUUGAAAAGCUUGGAUAUUCAGCUCGAGAAGCACUUGAGUCGGGUUUGGUCGAGAAACAUCGAUAUUCAAAGGCCUAAAGAAGAAUGGGAGAUCGAUUUGUCUAAAUUGGAUAUCAGAUAUAUUAUAGCUCAAGGGACAUAUGGCACUGUAUACAGGGGUACUUAUGAUAGCCAAGACGUUGCAGUGAAGCUGUUGGACUGGGGUGAGGAUGGGAUUGCCACAUCUGCUGAAACGGCUGCUCUGCGAACAUCAUUUCAGCAAGAGGUUGCUGUUUGGCACAAGCUUGACCAUUCUAAUGUUACAAAAUUUGUUGGAGCUUCAAUGGGAACUUCAAAUCUUAAGAUUCCUUCUAAAAACCCUUCAAUUGAUGGUCACAAUUCCCUUCCUCCUAGGGCAUGUUGUGUGGUUGUGGAGUAUCUCCCUGGUGGGACACUAAAACAGUUCUUGAUAAGAAAUAGGCGAAAGAAACUUGCCUUUAAGGUUGUGAUCCAACUUGCUUUGGACCUCUCUAGAGGUCUUAACUAUCUACAUUCAGAGAAGAUUGUGCAUCGCGAUGUAAAAACAGAAAAUAUGUUACUUGAUGCUCACAGAACUUUAAAAAUUGCUGAUUUUGGUGUUGCCCGUGUUGAAGCACAGAAUCCAAGGGACAUGACUGGCGAAACUGGUACCCUUGGAUACAUGGCCCCUGAGGUUCUUGAUGGUAAACCUUAUAACAGAAGAUGUGAUGUGUACAGCUUUGGCAUAUGCUUAUGGGAAAUUUAUUGCUGUGAUAUGCCUUACCCAGAUCUUAGCUUCGCCGAUGUGUCGUCUGCUGUUGUGCGACAGAACCUACGACCAGAGAUCCCCCGAUGCUGUCCAAGUGCAUUAGCAAAUGUCAUGCGCAAAUGCUGGGAUGCCAAUGCGGAUAAACGCCCCGAAAUGGAUGAGGUGGUGAGAAUGUUGGAAGCAAUUGAUACCAGCAAAGGAGGAGGGAUGAUACCAGAAGAUCAGGCCUCGGGCUGUUUCUGUUUUACCCCAGCUCGUGGUCCCUGAGGAAUGUUUAUUCUCUAUUUGCAUGCAUUGUUGCAUUAAUGAUGACGGGAAGACGUAGAAAUUGAUGGUGCUGUCCAUCUGAUUUAUCGCUCUUAGGAAUUUUGUUCAAGAUUUGGAAUCGGUAGUGCAUGCACCGAAACGUUUAUGGAAAUAUGAAUCAAAUAGUACUUCCCAGUCAGAUCUUGUUUUGUGCUAUGGGUUUGCUCUUGGUGAUUGAGUCAUGCUACAUCUAAUGGUCGUCACUCAUGCAUCUGGGUGGAGGAUGGUGGUCUGUAGGGGGUAGUAGUCCUCUAGGAAACCAACAUUUAUAACUUGUAUAGACACAAAAGAAUAAUAAUGUUCGGGAAAACCCUUUACCUUCUCAAA